AUGGCAACCAUACUUGAAUCUUUUGUCGGAUCAUGCGUGAAGAAGUUGCAAGAUAUUGUUACAGAGGAGGCCAUACUAAUUUUAGGUGUUAAAGAAGAGCUCAUAGAGCUGAAGAGAAGAAUGGAGCAAAUAUGGUACUUUCUUAAUGAUGCAGAGAAAAGGAGCAUAAAAGAAUCUGCUGUUAACAAUUGGCUUGGUCAGCUAAGAGAUGCUAUGUAUGAUGCUGAUGAUAUCAUUGACUUGGCCAAAUCCAAAGGAAGCAAGCUAUUGCCAGACCAUUCUUCAUUAGUAUCAAGCAGUUCAAAUACAUGCAGUGGCCUUUCUCUUUCCUCUUGCUUUUUUAAUAUCCAGACACGUCAUGAGAUUGCAGUUAAGAUUAAAAACUUAAACAAAAGAAUUGAUAAUAUUUCAAAGGAUAAAGUAUUUACUUCACUCAAGAGUACACAAUCAACUGUAACAGUUUCUGUACCAAAACAGAGAAGAAGUUCCAGCCUUGUUGAGCCAAACCUUGUUGGUAAGGAGGUCUUACGUGCUUGCAGAAAAGUAGUAGAUUUGGUGCUUGCACAUAAGGAAAAAAGGUCUUAUAAGCUUGCUAUCGUUGGAACAGGAGGAGUUGAUUCGGUAAUCUACCGUGAUGAUAUUGUAAGGAUGUGGGUCGCUGAAGGCUUUAUAGAUGAGCAAGAUGACCGAGUCCUUGAAGAUAUAGCAGAAGAAUACUACUAUGAGCUAAUCUAUCGAAAUCUCCUCCAACCAGAUUAUUACUCUUCUGUUGAUCUUACUCAAUGUAGAAUGCAUGAUCUACUAAGGCAGCUUGCUUGUCAUUUGUCCAGAGAAGAACUUUUUGUUGGUGAUCCAGAUUCAGCAGGGGUUACUGUUAUGAGUAAAUUCCGCCGUAUUUCAGCAGUCACUAUGAAUGAUAUGGUUGUGUUACCUAGAACAGAUAAGGGGAAAUGUAAAGUGAGAACUUGGAGAACAUCUAAUACAAAGUCUUUGAGAGUCCAUGAUACAAUAUUUGAAAGAUUACCAUGCAUUCGAGUUUUGGAUUUGACAGGUUCAGAGAUACAAGCUGUUCCACCUUGCAUUGGACGUUUGAUCCACCUACGGUUACUAGACCUUGAUGGGACUAACAUAUCUUCUCUUCCAGAGUCCAUCUGUUGUCUCAUAAACCUUCAGAUAUUGAAUUUGCAGAGGUGUGAUUCUUUGCAUAGUCUUCCUGCAGGAAUAACUCAGCUAUGCAACUUAAGGCGACUUGGCCUAGGGAGCUCACCAAUAAAUGAGGUUCCAAAAGGUAUUGGCAGAUUAAUAUCUCUCAACGAUUUACAAGGCUUUCCUGUUGGUGACGGCUCUUAUAACAAUUCUGUAAUGCAAGAUGGAUGGAAUAUAGAAGAAUUGGAUCCCCUUUGGCAGUUGAGGAGGCUUUAUAUGAUCAAACUGGAAAGAGCAGUUCCUCCUAGUAAAGAUUCACUGCUAGCAAACAAAAAACAUCUCAGAGAAUUAGUGCUACGUUGCACUGAACACAUAGGUGAGCCAUAUUCUGAAAAAGCUGUAAUGAAUAUUGAGGAAACCUUUGAUUUGCUAAUCCCUGCACACAACCUGGAGGGUCUCAGUCUUGUGAAUUUCUUUGGUCGGAGGUUUCCCGUCUGGCUAGGUAGUGCUGCCCAUUUGCCUUCACUGACAUACUUGAACCUCAUAGAUUGUAAAUCAUGUGUUCAUCUUCCACCAAUCGGUCAGCUCCCCAACUUGAAAUAUCUGUACAUCAAAGGAACCACUGCAGUCACCAUGAUUGGACCCGAAUUUGUUGGCUCUGGGAUGGGUAAUCUCAGAUCUACAGAGGCAGUAGCUUUUCCCAAGCUUGAAACAUUGUUCAUCAGGGAUAUGCCCAACUGGGAGGAGUGGUCCUUUGUUGCUGAAGAAGAACAAGAAGCAACAACAACAGGUAAGGAAGGGGGAGACGAUGAGGCUGCUGCAAAUCAAAAGGGAGAUGCCCCACUUCCAAGGAUGCAGCUGCUGCCACGAUUGAAGGAGCUGCAGCUUGCCCGCUGCCCCAAGCUGAGAGCUCUCCCACGGCAGCUUGGACAGGAGGCCACCAGUUUGAAGGUGAUCCAUUUAAGAGAUGUUCACAGCCUCAAGGUGGUGGAGAACCUCCGUUUCCUCUCUGAGUACCUUUUAAUCUCAGAUUGUGAAGGCCUAGAGAGGGUCUCAAAUCUUCCCCAAGUGAGAGAGCUGCGUGUACAGCUGUGUCCCAACUUGAGGUGUGUUGACAGGAUGGACAACUUGCACCAGCUGUUGCAGACAGAGGAUAUGGAAGAUGCUUCCUCACAGUGGCUGACUGGGCUCCAAGAGCAGCACCAACAGCUGCACGGAGAAGACAUGGAUGUCCACACUUGGAUAUAG